CCACCUCCUCCCAAGCAGCGUUUCUGCAUCCUCUGCUGUGCAUCGCAGAGCAGCAGGUAAAAGUCUGGCUGGUACCUGCACCCGGCCUCACACACGCCUCUGCCAAGGGAGGGGAGCCUCCUCCCGCCUGCAUCUUCCUCUUCCUCAGGGCAGAGCUUGGCCGGGAGCAUCUCCGGGCUCGCCUCAGGGCUGCUCUGCUUCUCCUGGCUGCCUGCAGCAGCAGCGCUCAGGCACGGAGGAGCUCAGGGGGACCGCACGGCCUCAGGGGACAGAGCUCUGCAAGCAGCCAAGCACAGCUGGGGGAGCAAGAGCUGAGCCUCAAGGGUACCAGAGCACCCCCAGCAUCCUGGAGCAUCCUGGAGUCCAGAGCACCCCUGACAUCCAGAGUAUCCUGAGCCCAGAGCAUUGCUGGAAUCUGGAAUAUCCUGGAGUGCAGAGCAUUGCCAGCAGCUGGAGCAUCUUGGUGUCCACAGGAUCCACAGCACCCAGAGCAUCCUGAGUCCAGAGCAUCCCUGGAAUCUUGAGCAUCUUGAGUCCAGAGCAUCCCUGGAAUCUUGAGCAUCCUGGGUCCAGAGCAUCCCUGGAGUCUUGAGCAUCCUGGGUCCAGAGCAUCCCUGGAGUCUUGAGCAUCCUGGGUCCAGAGCCUCACCAGCAUCCAGAACAUCUUGGAGUGCAGAGCAUCCCUAACACCUGGAGUAGGCUGGAGUGCAGAGCAUCCCCACCAUCUGAAGUAUCUUGGGGUCCAGAACAUCCCAGAAUCCAGAAUAUCCAGAGCAUCCUCGAGUCCAACUUACUCUCCAGUCCAGCACAUCCGGAGCAUAGGAGCAUCCCACCAUCUGCAUCCCUGGCACCUCGAGCAUCCCAGCUUGCAGAGCAUCCCAAGUCUCCCUGGUGCCCAGAGCAUCCCCGGUGUCCGGAAGCAGUUUCCAGGGACAUCCCAGCCGCGGGAGAGGAGGCAGUGCCUGGCUGUGAGUAACGGGGAGGGGACCCUCGCUGCUGCCGCUGCGCUCCUGGGGAUGUCACUGCCCUGAGGGCCAGUGAGGAGGGAGCGUGAGGGGAAGAGGAGAGGAGAAGGGAGAUGGACAGGGAGAGCAGGCAGAGGUGGGACUUCUCCCCCUGGAGCUGGCUCCGGCGAUGAUCACCUAGCAGAGGCGGGAGUGGAGAAGCUGUGUCCCCCCCCCCAGCUCCAGAACCAGCUCCUCAUGGAGGGCGACCUGAGCGCCCCCAACGCCAGCGUGCUGGGGGAGCGCUCGCUGCUGGCGGGCAGCAGCUGGCUGGCAGCCUUCCUCUGCUUCAUCAUCCUGCUGACCGCGGCGGGGAACUUCCUCCUCAUCCUCCUCAUCGUCACCCAGCGCUCCCUCCGCAACACCUCCAACUACUUCCUGGUGUCCCUCUUCAUGUCCGACCUGAUGGUGGGGCUGGUGGUGAUGCCCCCUGCCAUGCUCAACCAGCUGUACGGCCGCUGGGUGCUGCAGGGGGACUUCUGCUCCCUCUGGUCCUCCUUCGACGUGAUGUGCUGCAGCGCCUCCAUCCUCAACCUCUGCCUCAUCAGCCUGGACCGCUACCUGCUCAUCAUCUCCCCGCUCAAGUACAAGCUGCGGAUGACCUCCUGCAGAGCCCUCUGGCUCAUCCUGGCCACCUGGACCUUGGCCGCUUUGGCCUCCUUCCUGCCCAUCAAGAUGGGUUGGCACCAGCUGGAGCUGGAGGUUGGGCUCCCGAACGCCACCUGGCGGGGGGAGGAGGAGCAGUGCAGGCUGCUGGUCAGCUUGCCCUACGCCUUGGGCGCCUCCUGCCUCACCUUCUUCCUCCCGUCCGCAGCCAUCUCCUUCACCUACUGCCGCAUCCUCCUGGCCGCCCGCAAGCAAGCGGUGCAGGUGGCUUCCCUGGCCUCCAACGUGGCCACCAGCACCGCUGAUGACACCACGCUGCAGGUCCCCUGUGCCCCGAGCCAGCCUGUGAGCAGUGAGAGCAGGAGGUUCACCACCAAGCACAGCAAGAAGGCACUGAAGGCCAGCCUGACGCUGGGCAUCCUGCUGGGCAUGUUCUUCGUGGCUUGGCUGCCCUUCUUUGUCACCAACGUGGCACAGGCAGUCUGCGGCUGCGUCCCCGCCGGCUUCUUCGACGUGCUGACCUGGCUGGGCUACUGCAACAGCACCAUGAACCCCAUCAUCUACCCUCUCUUCAUGCGGGACUUCAAGCGGGCCAUGGGCAAGUACCUGCCCUGCUGCCGGCGCCCGGGGGAGCCUCGGCCCAGCGCCGUCUCCCUCUCCAUCAGGAACUCCAACAGCGGCCCCCGAGCCGCCGCCUCCCUCAAGAACGUCCUCACCCUGCAGCCCGACACCGACUCGGUGGACUCCGUGGGGCUGGGCAACGACCACGGCUUGCUGCCGGCCGGCGCCGGAGCCGCGGCGGUGCCCCCUGCCCGCCUGGGCAGCCUGCGGGGCGCGGAGCCGUCGGGCACGGAGCUGCAGCCCAGGCGGCUCAGCACCCCUGUGGCCUGAGCCCGGCUCCUCCCGGCGGGUUAUGGACCUCUGCCCCCCGGGAAGGGUCCUUCAGCUCAAUGAGAACUCUUCAGAGGGGUCGUUUGCCGCCAGGCAUCUCCCUGCCCCACCCGUCCAGGCGCUGGCUGCAUCUGCUGGCAGAGGUCCCCACGGGGCGCUCCACGGGGAGCUGCCAGCCCUGCGGAGCCACUCGGCGGCUGAGUGCACCUGCCCAGGUCACAGGGUUGGAAGGGACCCAAAGAGAUCAUCCAGUCCAACCCCACUGCCAGAGCAGGAC